AAAAAACACUAAAGGUGGGCUCAUAAGUUGGCCCAACAAUAAAUGCCAAAUCGGCCCGUUGGAAGUUGGCUUAUAACACUCCGAUCCGAUCCCAAUUGACCAGCAAAUCGAGGAGGGGACCGGACUGAAAGAAACUCAGCUCUUUGCAGUGAAGAAGAAGAAAACAACGACAAAGAAGAAGAAGAAGAAGAAGAAGAAGAAGAAGAAGAAGAAGGGAAGGAAAGAGAAUGGGGGCAAUAACGAGCGCAGUAAUAGCAAUAGCAGGAGUUGUGCUUGGAUGGAUCACCAUCGAGAUCGCCUGCAAACCUUGUCUCGAAAAAGGUCGUGAAGCCAUUGAUCGAUCCCUCGAUCCCAAUUACGAUCCCGACGAUAACGACAUCCAAGCUCCUCUUAAUCCCAACUCACAUCCCCAAAAUCUUGUCCUUGAUCCCAACUCCGAUUCUGCUUCGUCUCCUGCUACUACUACUUCUGAUGCAAUCAAGGCCGUCUGAUAUCAUCUACCUAUCCUUCCUUUGCGUAAACGGCAAUUCAUCCUCCGUCGUUUUGCUUCUUGUUCUCUGCCUCUUGAGUCUUUGACUUUUGGUGAUUCUUGGGAUGUAAUGUAUUAUCUAUUCUAUCUUGUUGUGUUUCUCACACAUGGGUGUGUUUUGUGGAACUUUAGUUGGGAAGAUUAUAAUGGAAUUCU